CAGGAGAGGCGCGAUCCGAGCAAGGGGCGCCAGAACAUGAUCGACACGCUGCGGCAACAUGGGAAGAGCACCGACUUCUACCGCACUGACGACUCGCGUCACCCUGUGGCCCUGAUGUUUCAGGCCAUGGUGAUGCACCCGACGUCGCCCCUGCACAUCGCCUGCCUGUGUGUCGGCAUGGUGAUGAUAGUGUACGACGUCAUCGUCGUGCCGAUGGCCGUGUUUCAGCUUGAACAGUUGGAGGACCUCGCCAUCGUGAUGAGCGCCUUGGUGUCGAGCUUCUGGACCGUGGACUUCAUCCUCAACUUUUUCGUGGGCUACUACGAGCGCGGUAUCUGCGAGAUGCGCCUUCGGAAGACGGCGGCGAAGUACGCUAGGACGUGGAUGCCCAUGGACUUGACGCUGCUCAUCGCCGACUGGAUCGCCUUCGCGGCCCUAAGCGCGCAAGGCACCGAGAAGCAGGGCACCAGCUCCGCCCGCGUCGUGCGGUCACUACGCGUGAUGAGGACUUUGCGGUCUGUGUCCCUCGUCAAGGCGCUCAUCCGCUUCGGGCGCAUGCCCACGACCUUGAAGGAAUUUCUAUCGCUCGUGGGGCGCUCCCAGCUCUCCUCGAUGGUGAUGCAGAUCGCGAAGUACAUGAUGGGCAUCCUGUUAAUCAACCACGUGAUAUCCUGCCUCUGGGUCGAGCUCGGGCACAUGAGGUGGCGAUCGUACGGCACGAAGAGCGGCUGGGUGCAGUACUACAUGGUCGACCAGGCGAUGCACGAUGGGGACGACUGGAAGAUGCUCUACAUGACCUCCUUGCACUGGA